GAAACAACCAAGAUGGCGGGAUAGGAUAUAAACAUUCAGAUUAGCAUUAGAUUUUUUCUCUCUUUGGCAUCAUGCCCAGUACCAUUGUGCCAAUCAAUCUGACCAGGAGCCAUUCUAUGAAGGCGGCUCCUGAGGGUCUGAGAUAUGGCAAUUUUGAGGGCAUUGUCUACCUUCCACCAGUGAAGUCAGACUCGUCUUUAGGUGUCCAGAGUUAUUCCAAGUAUAACAAUCAACAAAUUUACAAGACCAUUUGUGAUUGGUUUGAUUCUUGGAGGCCAUGGCAGCAGAAGACUCUGUUGUAUGGAAUUGUAGACAGGUGCAGCACAAGACAGCUUGAUAUCCUGGCUACCACUCUGGAGCCUGUCAAACACAGGGACUAUGCAGCUGCCUACAAACUCCGCUACCCACUCUCUCCCUUCAUGAACUCAAAGACUAGAUCUGACAUUCAGGAAAGUAGAACCCCAUCCAAAGGAGGGAGCAGGCAGUCUUUGAGGAGCGAGAACAACAGUGUGUACACCAUAGCCAGCAUGUAUGAUGAAAAGGUUUUAAUUGGGUCUCCUCAGAAGCAGCCUUCGACUGCACAGUCUCUCAAGUAUGAGCAGGAGGAUCUGUUGUCCGACUCCGCAGUCAGUUCAGUGCCCUCAACAGUCAAUAAAGAAGGCACUGCGGGGACCAUGGUGUCGGGAAAACUGGGAGUAAUCAGAGAAAGAGCUGUCUUCUCAGAGAGGACAGAGUUAUCUCCUGUUCACAACUUUGCCGACAACUUGGCAAGUACUAUCAUGCAGAGUGCCAUGGAGGAAGUAGCUAUAUUGGAGAAGUUUGUGGAGAGAGAAAAUACAAUGUUUACUGAAGAGAGUAAGCCACCAUCUAGGAGGUCCAGUCUGAAGAGGAGCCAGUCACUGACGGCUCGGAAGAAGUCGGAUCUAAGUCUCAUUCCUCCCCCAGGUAGGGAAUUUCGAAUCAUCACUCCAGGCGUGCGGUCUAUGGUGGAAAAGACUGAGCUGCCAAAACCAGGCACUGAGCUGACCAGAAGUCUUUCAAAUAUUUCGAGGAAAAGUGUGUCAAACCUUAGGUAUGAGUUCUAUGGAGCCCCUACUACUAUCAGCACUCCUGAUUUCUUCUCCAAAAGAGGACUGGCCAGAGAAGGUUCAAUGCAGAAAGAGAUUCGACAUGGGCAUGUGAAGAAGCCCAGGUAUCUUCGAAAUGUUCCCAUUUCCUUACAGCGGUCAUUUAAAGGAGUCAAGUGGUGGACAGAACAGCCUCAUGAGGGAAUGGUUUUCAUGAAAGCCAAAAAGAAAGAUCUGAUUGCUCACUUCAAGGAGCAGCUUCUUAAAGUCUGGAAUUGGCUUGAUAUGUGGGAGGAUUAUGAGAAGAUUAUUUUGCUGAAGGAAAUUAUUAAGAUUGCUGGUUCAGAGGUGUUAAACUCCAUGUAUCACCAUAUACAACAGAGACUCCGGGGUUCAAGAGACAUAAACAGACUGUCAGACAAAAUUCUCCUGUACAUUUUUUCCUUGUUGAUGCCAAAGGAUGUGUACAUUUCAGCUCAGGUGUGUCGGCGAUGGCGGUUCCUGUGUGCCACUGAUAGUUUGUGGAUGAUCAAAUGUCAUGAACUAGGGUUAGAGGAAGGAAUAAUGAACAUGGAAGAAAUAGUACUGAAGGCCAACACAAGGAAGAUGGGAAUUGACUGGCGGCUGGCUUAUAAUGAACUAAAGAGGCUGACUAACAUGAUGAAGAGAGAGGCCAGAGAGAGGGAGUUAGCUGCAAGAGAAGAAGCUGAGAGACUUCGACAACUGAGAGCUGAGCUAGAAGCCUCAAAACGAAAAAUAGUUUACCGAAAACCAAGUUUAGCCAGUGAUAAACAAAAUAUAGAUUCUACCCAUACAAUAAAUCAGGUUGCCUCAGAGCAACCUCCGAAAUUUCAGCUGAGAUCUGAAGACAUUUUAAUUCAGUACCAGAGGAUGUUUAACUAUGAUGUCUACACUCCUCCCACAACAGCAGAUGAUAGAAGAAACAUUUCUACUGCACAAGUUGAUAUUGAGGUUAAGCGGGGUACUCAAGCUGCAAUUGAGCAAGAAGAGGCUGAGAGAAGGCAGAGAGAGGAGGCAAGAAAGAGAGAGAAGUAUGCCAUCAAAUUUAAGAGAGAAAGAAAAGAGGAUGCCAACAAAAUAGAAGAGGAUGCAAAAAGUGAUGAAGGAGAUGAUGUGUCUGAUGAAGACCUCUCUCAGUAUGGAGAUUUUGUAUAUCAGGCAUGUGAAGAGGAAGAUGAUGAUCUAGAUGAAAGAGAGCAAACCAGAUCUCAGCCAUAUUGGAAACCAUUAAGAAAAUCUGGGGCAAAUGACAAACCAAAAGAACUGGAGAAGAUUGAGGCAGACCACCAAAUGGAGCAGAAGCAAAGAGAGAAAGAAGAGAAGAAGAGAUACCUAGCAAGGAAGCAGAAGACUAAUGUCAGCGAGUUGAAAUCAAUGGUAAAGCAAAAACCUCAGCCAAGAAAACCAAAAGACGAGCUAGCUCUAGAUGUGAGGACAGAUCUGGUACAGGCAGAGGAUUUACUGGGUAAAUCUGCUCCAAACUUGCAUUUGGAGUGGAAGAAAGAAGAAGGUCAGCAGGAAGAGGAUGAAUACAAACUUUCUGUCCAGAGAUACAUGGGGGUGGUUAAGAGCGUUCGCAGGGUCCGGAAGCUUCAGGGCCACAUGAACGGGGUGGUCUGUGUCCACUUUGACAAGAAGCGCCUGAUCUCGGCCGGAUUGGACCGGUGUAUACGAUUGUGGGAUGUCCGCAGUGGUCAGAGCAUCCACAAGUUUUAUGGACAUAAGGGAGGGGUGCGGUGCCUUCAGUUUGAGGGAAACACACUCGUAACAGGAUCAUGGGACACAACUCUAAUUGUUUGGGAUCUGAAGACUUUUGAGAAGAAAGCUAUUCUUGGCGAUCAUCGGGGUUGCGUGUCUUGUGUCCAGAUGCACCAUAAGUAUAUAGUGUCUGGGUCUCACGACAAGACGGUGAUGCUGUGGCACAGACUGACCUUUCUACACGUCAAGACCAUCGUGCCUGGCCACAAAUCGGGGAUUCAAUGCCUGCAUUAUGACGGAGAAUGUGUCGUCACAGGCUCAAGUGACAUGACACUACGCCUUACAAAUGUCGAAACCGAGCAGUGUUUGCAUGUUUUUGAAAAUGGCCAGAACCAAGUUUUGUCAGUUUUGAUACAAGGUGACCUCCUCCUGAGCGCUGACACCCAGGGACAUGUGUAUUUCUGGAAUGCUCGCACUGGUCAAAGUGAGGCUGCGAUACAGGCCCAUGAUGCAGCUGUGAACAAGAUAGCUUUCCACAAGGGACGGUUCUUUACAGCAGCUUCUGAUUGCACAGUGAGGGAGUGGGACCUACUGACCAUGACCAGUGUCCGAGUCCUUCAAGGUCACAAGGGGCCCAUCAGGGACGUGAAGGUCUCAAACGAACGCAUUGUGACGUGUAGCGAUGACGGAACCAUUCGUAUCUGGGACCUCAUCGAAACCAAACGAACUUUGCGUCAUAAAUGAUUGCUGUUAUAGACCAACUAACGCCAUAAGUGACCACGUGACCAGAGGAAGACCAGACACGUUGUCUAUGGAGACACCCGCGUUAUUUAGCUGUAUUGUUAUUAUUUUAACGUUGAACUGAACUGUGAUACCUCGCUCUAUAUCUAUACCGUUUUGUUUCGUACUUUUCAUAAAUUUAUUUAUGUGUCAUUUUGAAUUUAAGUUUUAGGAGAAACAGUACUUGCCAUUCCUUUUUUAUUUAUUUUCUUCAAUUUUUGCAUAUCGUAGCAUUCUUGAAAAGAAUCCGGUUUUUUUUUUAUAAUCUGUGCACGUAUUUCUAUCAGCUUGACUUAUUAGUCAUCAUCUUUAAUGCAUGUCUCGUUUUACUUCUAUCUUUAAUACGUGCUCCAUAACAUGCAAUUUAGGCAGUCGGUUUGCUUAGUAGAUGCAAAUAUAUUUGAUUAAAAGCAACAAUUAUUUUCGAUUUACGUCUUAAGUUAGAGGGACCACGAUGUGAAAUUCUUUCUAAAUUGUUUUUUCUCAUUUGAUAUAAAAUGCGGUUUUUCUUUUUAAAAAAAAUUAUGCAGUUUAUGCUUACUGAAAAGAAUAUAUAAUUAUAUAAAUAUAUAUAAAAUGUAAAAAGAGGUUUAUUAGCUUGAGAAAUGGUUCAUUUCUAGUGAAUUACUGUAAACUCCGUUAAACAGUUUGAUGAUUAUGCAAUGUUAACACCAUUCUGCUUCAGUCAGCGAGUUACAUGUAAUAUGUAGGUGGUGGAAAUCGUUUAUAUCCAAAUACUUUUAAACUACUUUUGUGGGGAGUUCACAUAGUUAAUCAACAGGAAACGGGCGCAGUCUAUUUGUACAUGUAUGUGUAUAUGUGUAGUUUGGUAUUCUGCUAAUUGCCUUGAUUAAACGCCCAGUAUUAAACAUGGCUAGUCACAUACUUGUUUGUACCACCAGUGCAUAAUCAAUUUUCAAUGUGGCAAAAUAUGUUGUGAUAUGAUUAUUAUUUAUUCUCUCAAAUCGCUCAAUUUUAUGGCUAUAUUUCUAUAUUUUUACAUACUAGUAUAUAUAUAUACGACAUAUACGUUUUUUUAAUCAUAUGUACGAUUGUCUUUACUUCGUAUUUUUCUAAUUAUUUAUUAUCAAACUAUUUAUUAUAUCUAUAUCAAUCAUUUUAACAUAUUUUGUAUCGAAAAUCAUGUCAUCUUUUAUUUGUAUUGAGUGCUCCAGAUUUGUUCCGGACGGGAACCACCAAAUAUUCAAUAUAUCAAAACACUGUACGGUCUGCAAUCAACUCACUUGUUCCAUCUAAAAAAAAUAUUUUUCCGAUAUGAAUUUUCUUGGCAAAAAUAUUUUCACGUGUAAAGUGAACAAAGAGCCACAUAGUUUAGCUUUUAAACUUUGACACAAUUUGAAUCCAUUUAAAGCCCUAGAAAUGGCGUAAGCAAUCCAACCAUUUUUUACGUUUAUUUUUUGAUUCAGUGCAAAAUAACGAUAAUGACCUUAUGUCACAAAAAAGACUUCCUUAAUUCAGUAUAAUGUAUCUGGGGGUGGGAAUAUUAACAUAUUGUAAUUUAAGCUCUGAAUAGACAAACAAUUUACAAUGUUUUAGAAUGCUUAAGUUGUUGAUUGUUGACAUCGUCUUCAUCUGUGCCUUUCGAAUGUUUGGUUUUGAACUUCGUACAAGCCGUCUUUCACCGAUGUUACAAUAGACAUUGAUGGCUCAUAAAAGUUAAAAUUGCACAUCUUAUCGGGCUAUUAAGAACGCGAGAUUGCAUUUAUAUUGCCUAUAUUGUCAUCUAAUGCUUCAAGAUUUGUGAUGUGUUUUUUUACUCAAUAGUUUGAAUAAAACGUUGAAAUGUUA